AUGCGGUUACUGAUCAGGAUUCUUCCCGUCUUGAUGGUGAUCAUACGUCAUGGAGCAUCUACUUGUGGCGAUCUAUCACCUUUCCAAUGUCCUAAUCUCGAUAAGGCUCAGGGAUUAUGUGCCCAAUUCAUCUCAAAUGUUGGAGACUACGAUGACUCGACACAAAUUUUCGUUACGACUCCAGGGGUUGACGGAAUUCAAUUUACGUGCGAUAAUCUAGACACCAAAGCUCCAGGCAAGAUCCUCAACCAAUGCUGUCUCACUCAUUACGAAUUAGGGAACGUUCAUACCGGCCAGUUCGUCUCAAUCGACAAUGCAACCUUUUCUGCCACUUGUAUUCCACCGUAA